ACAAUUUACAUUUCCUUCCACACGUGUAAUUAAAUUAAUAUACGGUGUAGUUUGACUUAUCAUUUGUGUUGAAUAAAAAUUCUGUCUAUAAUUGUCAAAAAGAUAUUCCUGGUUCUAUAUAAAAGUAGAUCUUAGGAACCAAUCUAUGAUCGAAGUGCAACGAUGUCAUCAAACAAAGAAGAGGUGAAGCUUUUUGGAUUGGUAGAAAGUCCAUUUGUAACAAGGGUGGAGAUUGCUCUAAAAUUGAAGGGAGUCGAAUACAAGUAUGAGGAAGAAAAGUGGGGGAACUUGAGUGAGACACUCAAAAAAUACAACCCUGUUUAUAAGAAGGUUCCUGUGUUAGUUCAUAAUGAUAAGCCCAUAUCAGAAUCCCUUGUGAUUCUUGAGUAUAUUGAUGAGACUUGGAAACAAAAUCCUAUCUUGCCUUCUGAUCCUUACGAAAGAGCCUUGGCUCGUUUCUGGACCAAGUUCAUAGAUGAUAAGUGUUUGAAUGUUAUGCGAAAAGUUUCUUUCACUCUUGAUGAGAAAGAACGUGAGAAUGCUAUUGAGGAAAUGGAAGUGGCUCUUCAAUUUCUAGAGAAUGAGCUCAAGGACAAAUUCUUUGGUGGAGAUGAGAUUGGCAUUGUUGACAUUACUGCAGCCUUCAUAGCUUUACAAGAAGUAAUGGGAUUGAAGUUGUUCACUAGUGAGAAAUUUCCCAAACUAUUCAAUUGGAGCCAAAACUUCAAUAACCACCCAAUUGUCAAGGAAAAACUCCCUCCCAAAGAAACUUAUUUGGCUUUCUACAAAGCUCGUUUAGAAAGUCUUGCUGCUUCAAAAUAGAUUAAAUGGGGAUUUAAGAAGAAAUAUCUAAACUAUUUGUAUGUCAUUUUAGUUUAUGUUUAAAUUUUCGUGUUAUAUAGGAUUUACCAAAGACCUUGACAUCGAAUUCAGUCUUGAGCAUGCAAUAACAGAAAAUUAGUCUUGCAAGUUGUAAGUGGAGGAUACCCUAUUUAUGCGCAAA